AUGGCCGCAAGCGCAAACAUAGUCGUCUUAGGAGCCGGCGUCGCUGGAUUAACAACCGCUCUCCUCCUCAGCCGCUGCAGAAACCAUAAUAUCACAAUUAUAGCGAAGCAUAUGCCUGGCGACUACGAUAUCGAAUACACCUCUCCGUGGGCAGGUGCCAAUUUUAUGCCAUUUUCUGCUGGGGGCUCGCGCGCGGCGAGCUGGGAUGCGGUAACAUUCAAAGAGCUCUGGAGGCUGGCCGAACGCGUGCCUGAAGCUGGGAUUCAUGUCCAGGAUGCGGUUAUCUAUACCCGUGAGAAAGACAGCACCUCAAGCGAGUUUUUCAAUGAUCUUCUCCUGCAAUCACCAUGGUUCAAAGACUUAGUUCCCGGGUUCCAAGAGAUCCCUCAACCUGAGCUUCCUCCUGGUGUCGCUCACGGAACGAAGUGGAAAUCCGUCUGCAUCAAUGCCCCUGUAUACCUUUCUUACCUCGCAUCACAAUGCCUUAAGGCUGGGGUCACCAUCAGGCGUGGAAACGUGAAACAUAUUUCAGAAGCGGCAUCACUGCAUUCCUCUGGUCAACCCGCAGACCUUGUCGUAAAUUGUACAGGGCUUGGUGCCCACAAGCUCGGAGGUGUGGCUGACAAGGCCGUCUACCCCGCGCGCGGGCAGAUUGUGCUAGUCCGUAACACCGCCCCGGCGAUGUACACAACGUCGGGGACGGACGACGGCGAUGAGGACAUGAUGUACAUCAUGACGCGGGCCGCAGGCGGUGGGACAAUUCUCGGAGGAAGCUACCAGAAGGGGAACUGGGAAUCGCAGCCCGACAUGAAUCUGGCGCAGCGGAUUAUGAGGAGAGCAAUAGAGUGGUGCCCAGAAUUAGUCAAAGAGGGACAAGGCGUCGAAGGGUUGGACGUAGUGAGGCAUGGGGUGGGGUUGAGGCCGGUUAGGACAGAUCAGGCAAGCUAUGGAAUGUCGGAGGAGACGGUGAAGCUUGUGGAGGAUUCUUUGGGAAUUCAGGCAAGGCUUUGA